AUGGCAUCGUCUGAAAUAUACGAUUUGAUCGUUGUCGGUUCCGGCUUUGCUGGGUGCAUGACCGCCCUCAACUUCCUGGAAGAAUGCAAGCGCCUGAACAAGAGCAGCCGUGUAGCCCUCGUCGAAGCUGGAAAAGAGGGUGAACGGUCAGGUGCUUCCAAGUGGACCAUGGCAUACCUUCGACUGGACAAGAACCUGGAUUUCGAUGAUCAUUGGGUCAAGGAGAUGAGACGUGUCAGCAAUGGGGCAGCAGACGAAGACUACUGCGAAAAGCUCAGACAGGAGGCUCCCCUUUCAGCACGUUAUCUUGAAGACCAUGGCGUCAAGUUCGUACAUCAUGACGAACCAAAUGUUCUUCUGGAGUUCAAUACAGACCAACACUUUGUCUUUCCGGCGGGCGGUGGUAACGCCAUCAUUCAAAGCUUGUUAACCCACAUCAAAGCAUUCGACCAGGCCGAUAUUCUGUAUCAGAAUGAGGCUGUUCGCCUUCUGACCACUGAUGCGGGAUCCGUUCGAGGCUUGAAAGUUCGGAAGACAGACGGCUUGCUCCACGACCUCCUGGCUCCCACGGUCAUGCUUGCUUGUUUGAAGUACAACAAGGGCGCAGGCUUGCGAAUGUGUCUCGACGUUGGCGCUGAUACUGCCGGAUCUUUCGACGGAAUGCAUUGUGAGCUUGUCGAUAUUCGGGCCGACAAGCCGGAUGCUGUGAUCUGGGGUCACAACUACGGCAUUCUUGUCAACAACGACUGUGAGCGGUUCUACGACGAAGGUGAACGACAUCUCUUUGCCACAUUUGAAAUUGCGGCCCUCCAUACGUGGGAAAACCAGGAUAUGUCUUGCUAUUUUAUUACUGACGACAUAAUCAUGCAACGCUUCAAAGGCAGCUGGGUGUAUGAAACCACAGACAAGCCACCGGAGAAGUCAGACACGAUUGAAGGCUUGGCUGGGAAGCUGAAAAUAGAUCCGAAGAAACUCAACAAGACAGUCGAUGAUUUCAAUGCGGCUAUCAAUAACAAGGAUUUAGAUCUCAUGAAGCUCGAUGGCAAGGCAACGACUGGCCUCAAACCAAACAAGACCAACUGGGCGAAUCCGAUCGCAAAGGCACCAUUCUAUGGUUUCCCUUGCACGCCCAAUCUCACCUUCACUUACGGCGGUGUGAAGACUGAUCUUCACUCGCGCGUGCUUUCUCACAAUGACAUACCGAUCCCAGGUCUCUAUGCAAGCGGAGAGAUGACUGGGUUGUUCUACAAUGAAUACCCACCAGCCACCAGCUGCCUUCGGAGCAUGACGUUCGGCCGUCUCGCUGGAACAGAGAUUGCACAGAAAAUUCAGAUGUGA